AUGUCGUCGCGUCUUCCAGACAGAACAGGUUCAACGAAGCGAAGCCGAUCUGGAUCUCCAUCGCGUCAACCCCAGAAGCUCCCCCGCAGGCAUGAUGGGAGGGACUACCAGGACGAUGCGAGAGGCCGACCGUCACAGUCGAGAAAUAUGAGGGACCAGAUGCGUUUGAAUCAAUUACAAGAAGACGAGCAAGUGCGUGAAUGGGUGGCGCAGGAGGACAUUUUCGUGCUUAAACAGGCCAAAAAGAAGGCGGAGAUCCGUGUCAAAGAGGGCCGGGCGAAGCCUAUCGAUUGGCUUACUGUUACCCUACGAUUUAUCGACCCUACGAGGAACCCUCUUGAUGAUGAGAUUGCCGACUCAGACUUGGAUAUUGUGGAUCCAGAUGGCGUUUUCGAAGGACUGUCCCAGAGUCAAUUGUUUGACUUGGAGAAGGAUAUUGAUACGUUCCUAGGCUUGGAGGCGAAUUCACAAAAUAGAGAUUUUUGGAAGACUAUGAGGAUUAUCUGUCGCGAGCGUCAGAAAACCACUGCCCCCGAAGGACGUGCGCUCAGUUCUGUUGCUGCGGAUAUCAAUAGACUUUUGAGCCCUAAAUCAUACGAACAACUUCAAACCCUUGAAGCACAGGUCAAGAAGAAGCUAAAUUCUAAUGAACCGAUUGACACCGACUACUGGGAAGAGCUACUGCGAAGCCUUACCGUCUGGAAAGCUCGCGCUAAAGUGAAGAGAGUCUUUGAGGCCGUCAUAGACGAACGUAUUCGAGGGUUACGCCAACAACAGCGUGAAGAGGCAGAGUCAGUUCAAGCAAAACUUGCACCUCUAGCGCCUGUAAUCCAGCCGUCUAUUGCGGAUCCACAAACUAGGUUGGAUGAAGUAUUCUGCGGCCUUGACCCGGACCCACUACUUCAGAUUCGCCCAGAAGAUAAAGUUCUGGAAAUAGUGGAUGAAACGAGCUUUCUGGAUCAGGUGGCUCGCGAACGUAAAAAGGUCCUCAAGAUGGGCUUUGUGCCACUUCGCCAGAGGCAAGCAGAGAAGUCUUCGGCUAUUGCAGUGAAUCAAACACCGAAUAUACCUGUUUCCACCGGCUCGGCUCGUUUCUCAGCCAUACCUAACGAAGAUUUCUCGCAAGCAACAAAGGCACUCUAUGAAAGAGAGCUUGCGAAAGGCGUCAGUGAGAAUGAAGAGAUCUUUGCAGCCGAAGAAGCUGUAAGCACAAGCUCCCGCCCUCAGUGGGCGAAUAAGUACCGGCCGCGCAAGCCACGAUAUUUCAAUCGGGUACAAAUGGGUUACGAGUGGAAUAAAUAUAAUCAGACCCAUUAUGACCAUGAUAAUCCACCACCCAAGGUCGUACAAGGCUACAAGUUCAAUAUCUUUUAUCCCGAUCUCAUCGAUAAGGCGAAAGCGCCGACGUACCGUAUUGAGCGUGAGCACGGAAGGAAGCGUGGCCAGUCAUUUGCGGCAGCCGGUGAAGAAGACACUUGUCUCAUUCGAUUCAUGGCGGGACCUCCUUACGAAGACAUCGCAUUUCGAAUUGUUGACAAGGAAUGGGACUAUAGCGCUAAGAGAGAAAGAGGCUUCAAAAGCACCUUUGAUAAGGGCAUCCUACAACUGCAUUUCCAAUUCAAGAGAAUCUAUUAUCGGAAGUAA